CUCAGUCCUGUCUCCUCUGCCUCUUCUCCUUUGCCGUCGCCGUCGCCGUCGCCUUCCCGUGUUCCCGAGAUUCCAAUAUUGGCUAUUUCCACUUUUCAGAAUAUUCAUCCCUCGCACAGGAAGAGAUACACUAGGACUAAGCUCUGAUAAUCUCAUAGCUGUGUUCAUUCCAGUUUUUGUGUGAUGGCUCUGAGAGGAGUAUGGCAACUUCAGAAGCUCAUUGUUAGCUAUUGCAAUUGGGGCGGAAGCAGUAGAGGUAUAAGGGCUUUUAUGGAGUCGGAAUUGCCUGUGUUUAAGGAGAAGAAUCCUCAAUUAGAGGUUGUUACUGAACUCAUUCGUGGUCAGCAUCCACAUUUGAAGGCCUUUUACAAGAACAAAAACGAGCGAGUUAUAUGCGUGAAGAACAUGGAUCCAGAAGAUGUACUUCACCACGCAACGAGGCUAAGGAAUGCGUUGGGAAGAAAGGUGAUCACAAUGUUGUGCAAACCAUAUCUGAGUAUAAGAACUCAUGCUGUUUGUGGCACAAUUUUUAUUUUCUUCUUCUUCCCUGCUUGCUGCCUCAUGAAGAAGCUAAUGAGCAAAGUCAUGUUCAUAGUUCAUAGUUGUUAA